UGUAGUUCAGCAAAUGACAAAGCCUGAAUUUAUAAGUCCACCAUAAUGACUCUGACCGGCACAACUGGAAGUACUCAAAUACCUCGGCAAAGUUAUGCGCGGAACAAUCAGCUAGCUUGGCUAGCUAAUACUAGGCUGCUGCGGCUAGCCAUAGCUGCUAACUGGUUACCAUCUGCCGUUGCAAUGUUUAGUUGCUAACAUGCUACUUGUGUGUACACGUAAGAGUUGAAUUACAAUCUUUGCCGAAAAACAAUGUUAGAAGCAAAUCCUGUAAUCAGCAUAUAAGGUAGAAGUGGACUUGUUUCAGUAGCAGUUGUUGUGUCAGUUUAGCUAACGUGUAGCAAGCUAACGUUACAAGGGGGACUCCGGCUGAAAUCGCCACGGUUCUUUUCUGCACGAUGCAGUUAACAGGAAAACUAGCCAAGAAGAACUAGCGAAGGCAACAUUAGCCAACUUGGCUAACUAGUCGCUCCAAAGAAACAGAUUAAACUGCCUGGGUUCGAUUGAAGCCCACUUGUUCAACGGGUGUCAAAGAUAACCUUAGAGGUGUCCACAUUCUGCUGCAGAGGAGUGAGCACCAGGAUGAGGAGACUGUAGGCACACGCCAUAGUAUGGCCGCGUCCCGAUCCUCGCGUGUCACAAGGUCGUCAGUGGGGCUCAAUGGAUUGGAUGAGAACUUUUGUGGCCGAACCCUCAGGAACCGCAGCAUUGCCCAGCCAGAGGAGACCUCAGUGUCUCCACUACCAAGGGCCCGCUCGCCUAAGAAGAAGCAGGACACCAAGCAGCAAGAGUCAAGGCAGGACUCCAAGCAAGAUUCAAAAAACGACGCCAAACAGCAGGAAUCCAAACAGGAAAGCAAGCAGGAGUCGAAACAGGACGCCAAGCAGGAGUCAAAGCAGGACACCAAGCAGCAGCCGUCUAAACAGGACGCCAAGCAGCAGGAGUCUAAGCAGGGCGCCAAGCAGCCGGAGUCUAAGCAAGACACCAAGCAGCAGCAGUCUAAACAGGACGCCAAGCAGCAGGAGUCAAAGCAGGACGCCAAGCAGCCGGAGUCUAAGCAGGACACCAAGCCGCAGGAGUCAAAGCAGGACACCAGGCAGCCGGAAUCAAAGCAGGACGGCAAGCAGCAGGAGUCAAAGCAGGACGCCAAGCAGCCGGAGUCAAAGCAGGACGCCAAGCAGCAGGAGUCAAAGCAGGACGCUAAGCAGCCGGAGUCUAAGCAGGACACCAAGCAGCCGGAGUCAAAGCAGGACGCCACGCAGCCGGAGUCAAAGCAGGACGCCAAGCAGCCGGAGUCAAAGCAGGACGCCAGGCAGCUGGAGUCAAAGCAGGACACCAAGCAGCCGGAGUCUAAGCAGGACGCCAGGCAGCCGGAGCCUAAGCAGGACGCCACACAGCCGGAGUCUAAGCAGGACACUAAGCAGCAGGAGUCAAAGCAGGACGCAAAGGAGCAGGAGUCAAAGCAGGACACCAGGCAGCAGCAGUCAAAGCAGGAGUAUAAGCCGGACACCACACAAGGGGUUAGGCAGGAGUCAACGGAGGAGUCAAAGCAGUGCACACAACUGGACAGCAAGCAGGAGUCAAAACAGGAUACCAAACACAAAGUCAAACAGGAGUCAAAGCAGGACAACAAAGAGGACACAAAGCCAGACACGCAGCAGGCCUCGCUGCAGGGGAAGUUAACUGACUUGAAUGACUCUUCUGCUGAGGCAGAGCAAUGGACCAGCUUAAGGAAGCGUGGCAUAGCCUGUUUAGACAAAGACAUUAGUCCUGAGAACUGUGAUAGAGGGAAAGGGGCACAUGAUGCCUGUCCUCAAAUCAAAAGGGCCAAGCGGUGCUCUCGCUCUGGAGAUUCUCAGGGACAUGAGGAGGACCCUGUUCUCCUAAAAUCUGAAAGUCCGGUCUCUGUUUUAGAGCCCAGCAAGGACAGCAGUUGUGAAGAAUUUCCCCACCAAAACUCUGAAAACAAUUCUCUUGCCUCACCUGUCCUCAGUAAAGAGGAAGAAGAGCUGACGAGGCAGGCAGAGGAUGGCCUUGUGGAGUGUGAUGGGGCAGCUCAGCCCCCGAACAAUCACAAGGCCUCGAAUGGACUCAAAGACAAUAAAGCAGAGGAACCUUGCACACUCACUGAAGAGCUAAGUGCAAAUCCUUCCUCUGCCAGCAACUGCCCGUCACUGCUCAAUGGCAGUCAGACAGGGGCUCCCUCAUCCCCUGACCCCACUGUGCCUUGUAGAAACUCUGUCCCUGUGCAGAUGGAGGUCUCUGGCUCAGGGGACUCGCCUGCCUCUCCUACGCCUACCUUAGAGGCUGUUUUAGAGGAACCUGUCCCUGAGUUGAUAGUGGCCAAGGAGCAGGAGGUGGAGGAGGUGGAGGUUGAUGUUGUGGGUGACUCGUUAUGUCUGGCUCAUGAGGAACAGGUGAUGGAGACGGAAAACAAUGCCAACGGCCAGCCACUAACACCGGUGCAGGAAACUGCUGCCUCCACCUCCUCCAUCACCACCAACAUGAACAAUAGUCCAAUCAACAACAACAACUCAGGAGAAACAACGCCCCCACUAGCAACAACCCCCUCCCCCACAGAGCCAGUGUGCAACCCCUCAAUAUCCAGCACGCCUCCCUCUUUCACAGAGCUCUAUGAACACAGAUACACCCUACGGACUUCACCUAGGAGGGCUGCCAGUGGUGGCAAGACCUCCUCUAAGCCCAGCUCUCCUCCCAGAGACAAUGGUCCCUUGAGGGAAGAGGGGGAGGUGGUAGUUGGGCUGGAGGAGGAAUGCCCUAUGGUAGAGGAACCUGCUCAUUCAGACUGUGUUGACCCCUCCAGUGAGGAGCCAACCUCUGUGGAUCCUGGGGACAGUGCAGGUGGUGAGGAUGGUGGACUUUUGGAGAGCAAGGAGCUGACAAAGAGCCAAGCUGCAGAGGAGGAAGAAGAGGAAGAGGAGGAGCCAGACGUGUAUUAUUUUGAGUCAGACCACCUGGCACUUAAACACAACAAAGAUUAUCAGAGGCUGCUGCAGACCAUCGGAGUUCUCGAGGCCCAGCGCACGCAGGCCAUCCUGGACCUGGAGACGUUGGCGCGUCAGCAGAAAGAGGCUCUUGAUGAUCCCAUCAGCUUUGUGGAGCAGCUCCAGAAACGGGUGAAUUUGGGCUUGCCGUGUCCUCAGCGAGUUGUUCAGCUUCCUGACGUUGCAUGGGAGCAGUACACCUCAGGCCUUGGUGACUUUGAGCGGGAGUUCUGUGACAAGAAACGCAAAACUAGGCGACUAAAGCUGAUCUUUGACCAAGGUUUGCCUGAUCGACCAAAAAGUCCCGUUGAAUCCAAGAAGGAAGGCGAGUGCUCUACCAUGUACACCUCUCUGCCUACAAGUGAUGCUCCAGAGAAUGGCAGGCAAACACAGAUGAUCAGGGGGAGGAUUUGUCACCCAAACAAGCCUGACACAUUUAACCAGCUGUGGACUGUGGAGGAACAGAAAAAACUGGAACAGCUUCUUGUCAAGUUCCCUCCAGAGGAAGUGGAGUCCAGGAGAUGGCAGAAGAUUGCAGAUGAGCUCGGCAAUCGAACAGCAAAACAGGUUGCCAGUCGGGUUCAAAAGUACUUCAUCAAACUGACAAAAGCUGGUAUCCCUGUGCCUGGAAGAACACCCAACCUGUGCAUGUACACUAAAAAGGCAUCCAGUAAGAGGCAGCAUCACCUCAAUAAGCACCUGUACCGGCCGUCUACCUUCCUGACCUCCUAUGAGCCUCCAGUCUACAUGGACGAAGACGAUGAGCGCUCGGCGUAUUACAGCAGCAUGCAGGAUCCUUCUGCUGAUGAUUCGGACGAUGAAGGAAUACCCGUUGAGCUGAGAAACUUGCCAGAGUACAAAGAGCUAUUACAGCUGAAGCGACUAAAAAAACAGACGCUGCAGGAGAUCCAGGAGGACAAAGCCGGUGUGCGGCAUGUUGGUUACAAGUGUGAUGUCUGUGGCAUGGAGCCCAUCACAGGAGUGCGGUGGCACUGUCAGGACUGUCCACAAGACAACUCGGUGGAUUUUUGCUCCAACUGCUCAGACUGCUUGUUUAAAACAGAGACGCACAAGCCGAACCAUCACUUAGAACCGGUGCACCAGCCUGAAACCUUCCUGGACAGGGACUACUGUCUGCCGCAGAGCACGGGCUACAACUACCUGGACCCGAACUACUUUCCAGCCAACAGAUGACAGGGUCGCAGGUGCCUUUAGCUCCAGGCUCUCUCCACAUAUCCCACAGGCCACUCUGUGCAUGGCUCCAUCCUCCAAGUCCAAGAUAACCGCUUAACCCGCCGCCAGGCAGGAAGGCCAGCAGGCAGGCAGACAGCCAGGGGGCCUCAGAGCAGACCACCGUGCUGCUGGUGGGAGGGGCUGUUGGUUAACUGGCCUCCCUGACUCGAGCAAAGGGCGGCCAUGUUGGUUCCUCAGAACAAGGGGGCCUUACUCCACCUCAGCCAGGUUAAUCAAUGGAUCUGUGAUUAGAAAUGAUACACUAUUUUUAAAAAAACAAACUAAACUGAAGGCACACCGACAUUCCCGAGCUCUGUGACUCCACGAGGUCCGCCUCCUCCUCUUUCCCCCUCCUCAUCCUCCAGUGACCUCCCUGUGCUGCUUCAAACUGGAGACCUUACAGCCCGUCUGGUGAAGCGCCACCUAAUGGAGAUGUGUGGUCAUAGUGGACUGUGAAGUCAUCAAAUGAGAUACACAUAGGUGGUUUGUGUGUUUGUGUGUGCGUGUGGUCUCCGUGUUAUGCAAGAGUGAAAAAUGUCCUAGCUAGGUAUCCGUAGAUUGAGUAUUUAUGAGUCGCGGCUUACUUAACAGAGGUUGCGACUAUUACAAGGAGGUUUGGUUGGACUUGACGUCGAGGUUGGUGACUGUAGGAAGUCCUGCUGACCCAUGUGACGUUCUGCAGACCUGUAUGUGUUCUAUGGAUGGUGCACCAUCCCUCCCACUGUCACACAACGCUGCUCUGUAACACCUCAUCUUUCACACCAUCUGUAUUUCCUUUCCCUUUGCUCUCUCCACUAAAACAUGUCUAACAACAAGCACUACAGCAUGGAGAGCAAAUGUUUCUGAAGGCAGGCGAAUGGGAACGUAUGGCAAAAGUACACAAGACUGUGUUUUUGUUUUUUUUUCUCCUCCCCCAUUGUGUGGCAUUGUUGAUCAUGUUGAGUGUAAAAGUAUAUGGUGAAAAGUAGCCAGCGCUAGUUGCUGUGUGCCAUUUUUAAAAGAGAAUUUGUUUAUUUUUUCAGGGGAGGCGAGUUCCACCAUUGAACGUGGUCCCAGCUUCUCCCUCGACCCACAUUUUCCCGCCCGAUUAUUGAUCAAAGUCAUCAUGCCUCUAGAUCUUUAAUUUAGCAGCUCACUUAAAAAAGGUCCAUUUAAAAGAUUGUAUUUUUAUUAAUCUAUUUAAAAAAGAAUUGAGGUAGAGGUCGGUGCCUCCACAGUGGAAUAACCCAAAACAAUUUUAUACACAUAGAUUUUGUUGUGCUUGAGUAGACACCAUUUUGUAUGGUUUUCGUCUCCUUCCCUCACCCCCAUGCCCUGCUUCAAUAUCUGUGUAUAACAGUCUGUUCUUAUGUAAAAAAAAUAAUAAUGUAAAAAAAAUGCUAGAGGAGAACCGUGGAAAUAAAAGUAUGUGAAAAUA